UCUGAUUCUCUAGUCUUUCUCAUAUUUGAGAUUCUUCAAUUUUUGAUGGCCCUUGUGUGUUUUUUUUUUUUUUUGUUUUUCAAUCUAUAACGUAUGUGCUUUGUUUUCUAAUUCGAAAUAGGCGUAUGUUUGAUUGAUUGGUACCAACAUUUCUUGUUCCGAUCUGCUUUUUCUCUGGCGGGUUUUUGUGGUUUUGUUUUUCAAUUGGAUGCAUGAAUUUCUUGGAUGAGCUUAAUAUGUGGUCAAUUUUCUUGUCUUAAGGCGAUCUGAAGUUGCGAUGUGAUCUACCUUCAGAUCUCUCAGAUACAGCGCUGUGACAGAGAAUGGGGCUUACGUUCACAAAGCUUUUCAGUAGGCUUUUUGCCAAGAAGGAAAUGCGAAUUCUGAUGGUUGGUCUUGAUGCGGCUGGUAAGACAACUAUCCUCUACAAGCUCAAGCUUGGUGAGAUCGUCACAACAAUCCCCACCAUUGGGUUUAAUGUUGAAACUGUAGAGUACAAAAACAUCAGCUUCACAGUUUGGGAUGUUGGGGGUCAAGACAAGAUUCGUCCCUUGUGGAGGCACUACUUCCAGAACACACAGGGUCUCAUAUUUGUUGUUGAUAGCAAUGACAGAGAUCGAGUUGUUGAGGCCAGGGAUGAGUUGCACAGGAUGUUGAAUGAGGAUGAGCUGCGAGAUGCAGUUCUGCUUGUGUUUGCUAACAAACAAGAUCUUCCUAAUGCAAUGAAUGCUGCUGAGAUCACCGACAAGCUUGGUCUCCACUCUCUCCGCCAGCGUCACUGGUACAUCCAGAGCACUUGCGCCACCUCCGGAGAGGGUCUUUAUGAGGGGUUGGAUUGGCUCUCCAACAACAUUGCUAACAAGGCAUAAGGAUAUCGAACAGUUUGCUUCUGAGACUCGCAGUUCUGGAUGCAGGGUGAAUAUUAUCUAAUUUUUUUCGUGGGGCACUUUAUAAAAGAGGUUAUGGUUUUUUCUUUCUUUUUCCUUUUUCUGUUUACGGGAGCUUUUAGCAAAACUAUUUGUCAUUAUACUGUAAUAUCAGAAUGGUUAGCCUUGGUUAUCGUGUUUUGGGCUCUUUUACGGGGCUUUUACUCGCUGUUCUUUUCUUUCGGUUUCUAGCUCAAACUAGUUGAUGUAUCAUUCCAUGUUGGAUUUGUCUCAUAACCCAUUCUUUUGUUGCUA